ACAUCCCAUUGUGAUACCAUUCGAGUUCUUGACUUAAGUGAAUUUAUUUUGUGAAAAUGAUUAAAUUAUUUCUGGUAUUAUUUAGUGCCGCGUUAUUUGUUGAUUUUGCUAAAAAUGAGGAGGUAUUGGAAGGUGAAAUCUUUCGACCAAACGAAAGUUUUCUAAGAGAAUGGACGGUAAAAAUCAACUCAUUUGAUAGUAUGUCUUACGCAUUUGGUUUAUUCAUUGGAGCCAAUGAGUUUCUCACUUUCUCCUUGCCUCUUGAAAGCAUUGAUGUCAAUCAAUCUCUUUUUGUAACCAACGAACUCCAGAAUCCUCCGCCAAAUAAAACGAACCUUCAUGUCAACGCGGAAAACGUAUUCUUUGGUCUAGAGUUUAGUAAGGAGUUGAAUGAAUCUCAACGACCAUUCGCUUUGUUAAAAACUGAUGAACCAGUUAUAUCAGAAUCUGAAAUCACGAAUCAUACAUUUAUCAAAGUGGCCCAAAAUUUCAGUGAUGUAGAUCCGACGAGCUGUUUUAUACUUACAUCUGUGACUUCAGAGGAAACUACAUUUGUUGAAUGUCCAAUUCAGAAUGCUGAUUCUGUUAAGAAUACCGACAAUUACUUUUCGUGUAUCAUUGAGGAAAACGAUGAUGAAUUGCGAGAGGGUGGUUUAUUUUGCUAUAUGAAGAAUCAGCCCGAGGAAUUAUCUUUAGUUGGAUUGACAUCAAAUGGAGAAACAACCAUAUUUGCAACUGGAGAGACACUCAAAACAGUUGUGAAUUUGACUGGACUAAAUAUCACAGCAUUAAAUCAAUCAAGUGUUUAA